GAGGCUGAAGACGGUGGAGCCAGAUUGAAAAGGACACAUCUCCGGUGAGUAGAAGAGAAACAUGGCAGAGGUUGAUCAGAAAAAUGAGUGAUGUGCUGUUCCCAGGUCAGACUCAUCCUGAGCCAUGCCUUCUGCUGUGACGACUGUCCUCCUGAUGGGGGCGCUGAUGGUCACGUGUGCCAUUGCUCAAUCUUACGACUUCGAUGGGUUGAAUACUCUGUGUACCAACAUUGAGCUGGAAGAAUGUGAAAGUGACGUGUGUGGGGUGUACCGCCUGAAUGAAAACAGCUGCGUCAAAUUAUUGACCAUAGAAAAGGAUUUCGCCAACGCAGAGAUGACGUGUCAAAUAUUCCGAGGUCAUUUGGUCAAAGUGCAAAAUGAGGAGGAGCACAACAAGCUGCUGUGUAUGAUGUUACGGGUGUACCCACGACGACUCCACUACUGGGUCGGCGCUGAAAGAGGAGCAGAUGGUGGUUUCCACUGGGAUGACGGAAGCGGACCAGUGGAGUUUGCUCCAUGGCGUGAAGGUCAGCCCGACAGAUUUAACAAUGAAGAGCACUGUGUGUGGAUGAACUCUGGCGCCUGGGGUCCAUGGAACGACACCCCGUGUGGUGCGAUGGCUUCUGUGGCGUGCCAGAUCGCAAUGUGAUUCGUUUGCUUCUCCAAGAGUCAACAAGAGCAGCCACUCAGUUUGUCUCCACGUCAUCACAAACACACUUUUACAGGCAUUGCAAUAAAC